CACAAGAGAAUAAUUAUGUCGGAAGGCGCGACCCCACAAGAACACUCUCAAAAGUACAGCCUCCGCUGGAAUAAUCAUCGAUCGAAUAUGCUGACCGUCUUCGGCGAUCUGCUGCAAACCGAGGCGUUCACGGACGUGUCCCUCGUCGCGGACAGCGGUCGGAUCAUCAAGUGCCACAAGAUCGUCUUAGCGGCGUGCUCGUCCUACUUCCAAACUCUGUUCGUCGCUCUGCCAUGCCCACACCCGACGAUCAUUCUCAAGGACGUCAAGUACACGGAGCUAAGGGCGAUACUGGAGUUUAUAUACCGCGGCGAGGUGACCGUACAACAGGAGCAGCUGAGCAAUCUGCUCAAGAUCGCAGAAAUGCUGCAGGUGAAGGGUCUAGUGGAGCACAAUGGUAGCGACAACGUUGGAGAACGGUUCUCGGCGUACAGCGAUUUUCGUCGACACGAGGACAUGAUGGAGACAUCGUUGUCGCCACCACCAGCCAUCAGCACCAGCACUAAUGCCAAUAGCAUGGCAGCGCACAGCAGCAGUCACGUGUCACCGCCGCAUUCCACCGGUGACACUUACAGUAGUUUUUACAGCAAGCCUUUGGGGACGACUUCGGAAAUGAGUCAAAUCCAAAGUCAUCUCGCGUUUUGGCCGCUGUCCUUACCGUUGCACCAAGGAGUUUCCACAGGUCAUCAAAUAUCGCCACACUCCUCUCCUGUCGCCUCUGUUCUCUGUGCUGGCGGCGGAGGCGGCGGCUCCUCUCACGAUAACAGCUUCGAGACAACCUCGCCGCUCAAGCUCGUAAAGAAGACGCUGCAUUCGAACCUGUUGAAUCACGACACGCCGAUACUGCGCACUGUGCUCGGCCAGGGUCACGUUGACAGUUCCGUGACGGGUGUACCGUUAUUGCAGCCUGACAGUCACGAAUCGAUGCAUUUUCGAGCGAACAACGGUUCUGCAAACGACAAUGACAAUCGUCGCAGCAACACCGAUUUGGCCCAUAGCGAGGCGGCCCACAGCUCCUACAUGGAUGUUCCUUCUAUGGAUGAGGAUGAGAAGCAGCCGUCGCCGCAAUCGCACACCGGUGACAAGACAAGUAACGCGACUCAUGUGCAGGCGAAGCCCGAGUGGAAACGAUACAAACAAUACACCCGAGAUGACAUCCAGGCAGCGAUCCAGGCAGUGAAAUCGGGCAUAAGCGCUGUGCAAGCGGCGCGCCAAUUUGGCGUGCCGUCUCGCACGCUCUACGACAAGGUGAAGAAGCUCGGUAUCCCGACAUCGCGACCGUUCAAGCGUUCAGUGAGCAACGGUGGUAGCGCGGCCCGCUUCCCGUACGGCAUCGGUGGCAACGUGAACGGCAGGAUUUACGGCGGUAGCAUAUUGUCCGAAAAUGAGAACGAGAACAGUAUGAAUGUCAACAUUGAGAACUUGGCUACUAGCACGUCGAGCGCUAGCUCGUUGGUCGCCGCUUACGUCAAACCAGCAUCGAAGGAUGCGUCGCAGGAUCGCGACUCGAUGUCCGACUCGAUGGCACGCUACAGUCCAAGUCCGGUCAUACGCUGUGCCAAGCAAAAGCAACAACAGCAGAACAUGGACGAUGAGGUGGAAGAUCUAUCGAUUUGCAUUUACUACCUGCUAUGCAUAGCAGCAGUGGACUUGACGUUUACCUCCGAUUCGGAGAUUACCACGACGAAAAAUCGGGACUGCCCACCAGAAUGCAUUUGCCUCUCUCCAAAACAAGUACUCUGCAAUACAGGCGGUCUCGAGGACAUACCGACACACCAGCUGCCGGAGACCGUGGAGGAGCUAUCGCUGACGAAGAACGACUUCCCGAUAAUAAAAGGCGACGCGUUCGCUGGUCUCCGGUCGCUGCGUAAGCUCACUCUGGAUGGUAACAAUAUUUCGACUAUACGGCCGUUCGCGUUUCGCGGUUUAAAUCGAUUGCGUGAGCUGUCAAUUCAGCAUACCCCGUUACCCUGCAUCGAGAAGUUUUCGUUCGCUACGCUACAGAAUAUCUCGUACCUGCUGCUGGCCAAUAACAAGAUCCGUUACGUCGAGGGCUACUCAUUCGCCGGCGCAUCCAACGUGAAUCUGAUCCUGCUGAGCUACAACCCGCUGCUGACCAUCCAUAGCCACGCGUUUGCCGGCCUUACCAACGUCAAUAAUCUCAUCUUUCCGUCCGGCAUCCGCCUAAUCGAAGAGAACGCCUUCGACGGCCUGCAGCACGUCGGUCUGCUCAAGCUCAGCUACAUGGACUUAUCAGGAUUGCAGGCCAAUACCUUCUACGGUCUGUCACACGUGCACUCGAUUAACAUUCAGGAGAGCGAUCUGGGUGUCGUGCAGAGGGAUGCAUUCGCCGGCCUCGCACACGUGGGUUACCUCAACAUACUCAACAAUAAAGUGGAUUUGAUCCAGCGUAUGCAUCUGCGCUAUGAAAACUACAUCGAGAUGCUGCGCUUCCACGGUAAUCAUGUGCUAGAAGCACCACGUCACGCCAGGGACGUCGUCCUCGAGGUAAACACGAUCAGUGCGAUUGACAAUCACUUCCCAUGUGACUGCCAGGCGCACAACGUCCUAGAAAGCGAUUUCGCUCGCGGCGACAGCGCCGGAUUUCAGCGCCGAAACUAUUGCAUCUCGCCAUUCGAGUACAACGGCAAGCCCAUGAACGUCGUCGACUUCGAGCUCGUCGCCCGGUGCCACGACAACGUGAUUCAGGACAACCUGGGCUCGGGCGUCGUCGGGCUAUCAUCUCUAUCAGCGGUUACGUUGCUGAUCGCCUUUUUGUUCUCGAUGAAUCUCUUGCGAUGAGCAUCGUUCUUCAGUCGAUUCUUCUUCAACGAUCGUCUCAAACAUCUUACUUUUAGAUGCUCAAAGCAAUAAUAAAAAAAGGGCCAGAUUUUUAUGCGCGCGCUUAUUGGCUUGUCAAAAAAUUCUCCAUGCCUUCGUUCUCGUGCAGCAAGAGUCUUCGUGUAGUCUGGUAAAGUUGCCGAAGCAAAAAGGUAUCUCGCACGAAUUAUGUUGAAUGUAUCAUUAUCGCUGUAGAUUAUUGUACCAAUCUUCUAUCGAUAUAAUACAUUUUCGAAAGGGGCUGUACUAUAUAUAUCGCACUAGAAUGCAAAAGAGAUAGCUUGCAAUUCGGUUAGAUUAAUCUGUGAAAGACAAAGCUACGCGAAUUUUAGUUAGGUCUAUAAAAUUAUGAUUGAUGAUUAAAAUUUCGUUCUAUAGUACGUCAAACUGUGAAUUUAUAAUUAAUUAAAAUAACAAAUCGCAUGAAAUUAUAUACAUAUAUAUAAAGUUAAUUUUUAAAGUUUUUAUAAAUUAAUUUUUCUUAUGUUAAAAACAGAAAUGAUCUAAUUAUGUACAGAAUUUCUCUUUCUAUUGUCUUUUAACUUAUCGCAGUAUCUCUUGAUAUUGAAAAUUCUUUUAAAUUUUAAGAAAAAAAUUAGAGAACGGAAAAUGUAUUUUAUUUUGGAAAAGUCAAAUCAAUAUUGUAUCUCGACAAAAAUAAUCAGGGACAGUAAAUACGAGUUUUUCACAGAUUACCAUGGUAUGAUAAUUAAUCGUUAAUCGAAAAAACAUAUCGCUAUUGCGGAGAUAUGAAUUCAGAACGGCAAAAAAAGAAAAGCAACAGUGAAUAAAGCUAACUAUCCUCUCGUAACAUGUAUUCACAUUAUUUAUCGUUCUCGAUAAUAUCGAAAUGAAUAUAUGCAUAUCUAACAACAGUUCAUUUACACGAAAAGCAACUGCCAUGGAUACAUAUAUCCUUUUGCACAUAUGAAAGUGAACAAACGUGAUCUUACAUAUUGUUUAAUUGUUGAAAAAAAUAUUUCUUUACUCUCGUUAUUUCGUAUAAUGUUUAAGAGAAUUGAAAAGUGUAAUUCUGUUAUAUUUAUCUAUUAUAUCCAAAGUAUGUGUGUGGGUUGUGUAGUGUUAAGUUAUUAUUAUUUAUGAAUAGAAUUUUAUACUAUUAUACACUGUUAUACAUACUGCGUUUAACUGUACAUAAUACGAUGAGUUAUUUAAACUGUUAUAAGUCGCUAUUUUAUACAAUAGUGCAAUUUUGAUGCUAAACGCGAUCUCUCAUCUUAUCGGCUGUAUCGCGAAUGCCAUUUUUUAUGAAAUAUAUUAAUACUUAAAAAAAGAGUAUUCGAUUAGGCAUUCAAUGUAUAACGAUAACACAGACCUACGUAUACGUUAGCAAUACGUUUCCGAUCAAUCGAAACGAUUGGUAAUUCACGUGAAUUCACGAUCGUCAAUCGCGGAUACAUUUAUUAUGAGAUAAUAUGUCACACGCGAGCUUUAACUGGCCGGCCGGUAUACUGGACCAACAUUACCGCAUACUUGAUUGAAGUUUAUUUGAAACUUCGACUUUUGGAUAGACAUCGUAAUAAAUGACACGUUAUUCGGGAUAUAGAAACGGAAAAAAGGCGAAAGUAACGCUUUUAGAUCCGCUAAAAAGAGAAAAAGGAAAGUCUUUCUCUGAUAUUACUCAAUUUUUUUAUAAUUAUCAGGCGCAAUUAUUUCAUAAUUUAUAUACAUAUUAGUUACUGUAUAAUGUAGUUUUGCAUUGUAAAGCAUUUUUUACGUAAAAAUAUAAUAUUAAUGAGCUAGGUAAUAUUUUGGAAAGAGAUAAUCUUGUAGGCCUACUACAAAUCUUACUUCCGGGUCCAGGAAUCCGAGCUAUGAUCCCGUACGUUCACAACUACUAUUUCAAUUCUACUAAUAGACUACGGAAUUAUUAAGAUGAUUCGAAAAUGAUGAAAGUAUCUAGCGAUUAAGUAUAUAUAUUUAAUUGCGUUGAUGUCUAAGAUCUUUAGAGAACGCUCAAAAUAUUAGGAUUCCUACAAAAAAAAA